AAUGAGCAGAGUUUUAACUAUCGCCGCCGCCGCCGCCGCGGUGGUUCGGUUCACCCACUACCCCAACUCUGUCCUUCCACGUCACGUACGCCUCUCGAAUCUGCCUUCCUCUCUCACUGUAACAACCCACGCUCUGACAUUUCGCGGACGAUUCUUCUCGCCGUACAGUUCCCGAGCUGUUCCCGGUCCUGCCGACGCCGGUUUAACAGGUGGUUUUGAUGCUAUAAUUGGAGAUGGUGGCUCAAUGCUACAGGAUGCGGGAGCCACGGCUUUCGUCAUCGCCGGUGCUUACGCCCUUGUUUCCACUUUCGAUUUCUUAUCCGAGCGCAAGCUCAUUGAACAGAAUUUAAGCCGAAAGCUGGUCCACAUAUUGUCUGGUCUGCUUUUUAUGGCUUCCUGGCCAAUUUUCAGUGCAUCAAGAUGGGCACGCUACUUUGCUUCUGUGGUUCCACUUACAAACUGUUUGAGACUUGUCAUUAAUGGCCUUUCUUUGGCUACCGAUGAGGGACUUCUAAAAUCUGUUACUCGGGAAGGAAAGCCAGAAGAAUUGCUUAGAGGGCCUCUAUAUUAUGUUCUAGUGUUAAUUUUGAGUGCACUUCUCUUUUGGCGUGAGUCACCGGUUGGAGUAAUUUCGUUAGCAAUGAUGUGUGGUGGGGAUGGAAUUGCUGAUAUUGUUGGAAGAAGGUUUGGGUCCAUAAAAAUCCCUUAUAAUAAACAGAAAAGUUUGGCUGGUAGCCUCUCCAUGUUUGUUCUCGGUUUCCUGGUGUCCAUUGGGAUGCUCUAUUACUUCUCGGCCUUGGGAUAUCUUCAUUUGGACUGGGUUUCAACUGUAGAAAGAGUAGCUGUGGUGUCAUUUAUAGCAACAAUGGUGGAGUCUCUCCCUAUUACUCCAACGGUAGACGAUAACAUUUCUGUUCCUUUGGUAAGCAUGGUUGUAGCAUCGUUGGCUUUUGAUUUAUUAGCUUAGAAUGCCCUCAUCUUCACAGCAUUAUGCUGUCCUGAUAAAAUUGCAUUGUAAAGUGAUGAUUCCUGCUUUAUCUUCUUGUGGUGCCCUUAUCUGUAUCCUCAAGUGGUUCCUUGAUGCCCAAACAUGUCAACUCAUUGUGUUCUCAAUGUCACCUCCUCCCCCACCUCUCUUUUUCCCUCAUCGAUACUGGUCACUUAAUGGAUCAAUCAAGAACCACAUUAUCAAUCUAUGGAUGAAUGCCAUGGGAAGUCUUCUUUUGUAGCUAAUGGUUCGUAUUUCAUUAAAGCAAUUUAUUGUUUAGCAUACUAUCCACCAUCAUCUUUUAUGUUGGAAUUAGAUCUAGAAAGACAUUUAUGUUGUAUCUAUUGAACUAUAACUUGUGUAAUGUUGAGCUCUGUUUCUAUCUA